CUGGGCACACUCUUCACAAUCUGUUCAAGCCGUUUCUCGCAAUUCAUGUAAAGACAUUUCUGACUGACAGUGGACAAAGAGUAUCUGGUUGACGAAAAUGUCUGUCCAUCGUUCAAUGUGGCUUUGGCUGGUGCUAUUUUCAUCUCGAGUUGAGUCUCUAGUUUUAAAUGUGGAGCCACAAACAAUCGAGCCUGGAAUAACUGAUCGAUUAUUAAUCAACUGUACCUUGCCAAGAAACCAAAGUUCUGAAAUGGUCUUUCUCAAUUCUCUCAUACUAACAAGAAAGUCUGACAAUGUCUCGGAGAACUUCAUGGACCUGGUUUCAAUAAAUAUUAACAGUAAAGAAAUGAUCAUUCAUAACAGCGCAGCUGUUGACGACGCUGCUGCGAGUGGUGAGAUCAACACCAGAGGUGACUCCUACCUAAGUCUGCUGUGGAUGUAUCCUGUACAACCAAUGGCUGGGGAGUACAGGUGCGAUGCACAUGGGAUGAGUCCAACAUGGAAACCGCUCACCAUCAGCAGCACUAAAAAGGUAAUUGGAAAAAAAGUCGGACUAAUUUCAUUGAUUGAUCGCUUCAGACAGAUAGAGAUCAGUAUGGCUAAAUUAAAAAACGAAAAUAUUAAUUUGCGCAACGAUUUGAACAAAAGCGAAAUGGCUACAGCAAAUUUAUACACAAGAAUUGAGAAUUCCAGACAAUGGUUUUUUAAAGUUUCUUCCAUUUACAAAGGCAGACGAUAUUACAUGUCUCAACAGGAUCCAAACAGCGAAUCGGAACAGGCAAUGGCUAUUUGUGUCUUUUUCGGGGGCUACUUGGUUGAGAUCGAUGACACAGAUGAACACGCCUUUAUUGUGGCAUUUAUUCGACAGAUGGCUGGCUUCAACCUUGUACUAACGGGUGGCACUGAGCAAGGUCAUAAAGAUCUCUGGUUGUAUCGCCAGAGCAACACCAAGGUCCCUGAUUGGCUAAUGCAGCUAAGAAAAUGUGCCAAUUGUAACACCUUAUAUUUAUACGACAAAAUAAAUUGGUACGCUCUAGAUACUUUUGAUUAUCACACUCAUCCUCCGUACGAGCCUUCCCGUUUCCUGUGUGAGAUCCCUCUUUGAGAUAACAACAAAGACGACUUGUUGUUAGAAUCAUCUCAAUUUUUAUUUAUUGUACAGAUAUUUCAAAUAUCAAAUCUGUUACACACAAUUUAUAAAGCAAUUUUUUUUUAAUUUUUAGGUUAUCAUAAAAUUUUCAGCCUUAUAAAUGUAUGAAAAUUAUUUUUUACUUGCUAUAUAUUAACUUUUACAUAAUAAUAAUAAAAUAAA